AGGAGGCGAUAAUAUAUCAGCCUUAACAAAGAGUAUAGGAAGACAAGGAUGGAGAGGAGACGGGUAUAUUCAGUCAACACUAUGGGAAUUUGGGGACUUACACUGCUCUGCCUGGUGAUCAAUCUAAGUGAUGCCACCAUCUCAUGUCCAGACAUUAAGCUUGUGAAUGUGAGCAGUGCCAAGGCGGUGACAUUCCUCUCGGGGUAUCCUGGCAUGCCUGGGGCGCCAGGGAAAAAAGGAGAGACUGGUACACAAGGAGAAAAGGGACAACGGGGAGACCCUGGGGAACCUGGAAAAGUUGGACCGGCUGGGCAGAAAGGGGAGCCUGGGCCUCAAGGAAAAACCGGCUUGACUGGGCAACAAGGGCUAAAAGGUGACACUGGAGACAGAGGAAUAAAUGGCGAAAAAGGUUUCACCGGACAGGUCUGCUCUAAUCCUGCUGUCAGGAACUGUAAGGACCUGCUGGAUAAGGGGCAUAUCUUCAGUGACGUGUACACCAUAUGCCCCGAUGGCCGGACACCCCUGACGGUGCUGUGUGAUAUGCACACUGACGGAGGAGGCUGGAUUGUCUUCCAGAGACGUUGGGAUGGAUCCGUAGAUUUCUACCGUGACUGGAAAUCCUAUAAGACCGGGUUUGGCAAUCUUUGGAAUGAGUUCUGGUUGGGAAAUGAUAACCUACACCAGCUUACAUCAUCAGGCAAAUGGGAACUGCGAGUUGACCUGGAGGACUUUAACCUAUUAAAGCUCUUUGCCAAAUCCCCAUCCUUCAAGAUCUUGUCUGAGGCUGAGAAAUACAAAAUAUUUGUGGGCGACCUCAAGGAAGGAAAUGCAUAUGAUGCCAUGAAAAGUCACAAUAAUGCACUGUUCAGCACCCAUGAUCAGAACAAUGAGGAGAAACAGGGAACGUGUGCAAAGAGCUUUAAGGCGGGCUGGUGGUUUAUAAAUUGCUAUCAAGCUAAUCUGAAUGGAGUAUAUAAACUACCAAAGGAAAACAACUCCAUGGUGGGUGUCGAAUGGAAAACAAAUGGAAAAUGGAUCUCCUACAAACAUUCCGAAAUGAAAAUAAGACCUAUUUAAUUCUAUAGCACUGCAAAGCUAAUAGACAAUAUACAAUGUAUUAAUAGUACAGUAUAUACUGGUGUAUAUAUAUAUAUAUAUAUAUAUAUAUAUAUAUAUAUAUGAUUGAUGCAAAUAAUUAUGUCUUCAUUUCUGAUUGGAUGAAAUCAGUGAUUUUGUUGCAAAUCAUAUACAGCAUUCCAUGUUCCUUUCCAAACAUCACAUGCUUACCCUUAUUAUGGUAGAAUUGGGUUUGCUAAGAAAUCAUUGUCUUAUAUGUUUGAUUUGUAUUACAUAUAUUUGGAACAUACAGGGAAAAUAAAUAAAUGGAUAAAAUGAUUUUUAAAUAUCAAUUAAAAAAAGUAAAUGC